GUGACUCGGUGUUUCUCUCUGCUAACAACAUGGCUGCCGAGGACCUGCCUUCUGAAUUUGACGUCGUCAUUCUGGGCACAGGUCUUGCUGAGUCGGUGGUAGCAGCGGCCUUCUCCAGAGUGGGACAGAGAGUUCUUCAUGUGGACAGGAGGAGUUAUUAUGCAGCUAACUGGGCCAGCUUCACCUUCAACGGCCUGCUCACCUGGAUACAAAAGCAACAUGAGGAGGAGUCUCAGCCAGAGGAGCCUCAGGAUUGGUCGAGUCUUGUGGAGGAAGGGGAGGAGCUGAUCCACCUGUCAAACUCAGACUCCUCCUCAAUCAGUAACGUGCAGGUGUUCUGUUACACCAGUGAGGAGGAGGAGGAGGAGGAGGUGGAGGAGAAAUGUCUAAACACCACAGAAGAAGAACGAGGAGGAGUAGAUGAAGUCGCUGUCAAAGAAACGUCAGAGACAGAAUGUGCAGAGCCAAAAGAAGAAAUGACGGAGGAAGCAGAUGGAACAGCAGACAGAGAAGAAGAGGCUUCACACACAGAGGGGCAGGAGCCAGAGGCCGAUCAACCCGCCCCCUCAGCAGCUCAAAGCCAAUCAGUACCAACGAAGAAGAAGAUCAGCUAUGCUCAGCUGGUGAAGGAAGGCCGCAGGUUCAACAUCGACCUGGUCUCCAAGCUCAUGUAUUCUCGCGGCUCAUUGGUCGAUCUGCUCAUCAAAUCAAACGUCAGUCGCUAUGCAGAGUUUAAGAACGUCACCAGGAUACUGACCUACAGGAAUGGCAGCGUAGAACAGGUGCCGUGCAGCAGAGCUGAUGUUUUUGCGAACCGUCAGCUGUCUGUGGUAGAAAAGAGGAAGUUGAUGCGUUUCCUCACUUCCUGUGUGGAAGAAACAGAGGAGCAGCAGGCAUACAGAGGUCGGCCAUAUUUGGAGUUCCUGCGUGACCAGCAGCUCGGUGACAACCUGCAGCACUUCCUGCUUCACUCAAUUGCCAUGGUAACAGAAGACACGCCCACAGAAGAGGGACUCGCCUCAACACGUCACUUCCUACGUUGCCUAGGUCGCUACGGCAACACUCCCUUCCUGUUUCCUGUUUACGGCCUUGGAGAGAUACCCCAGUGUUUCUGUAGGAUGUGUGCUGUGUUUGGAGGGAUCUACUGUUUGAGACACUCGAUCACCUGUCUGCUGCUCGACAAGGACUCCAACAGGUGUAAGGCUGUGAUUGACAGCAAAGGACAGCGAAUCAGCUGCAGCCAUUUUGUGAUGGAAGAUGGUUAUGUGGGGGCGGACCGCAAGAAGCUGGCCACACCCACCAGGUUGAUCUCCAGAGCUGUGUUGAUAACUGACAGCUCCGUCCUUCUCAGUGACUCAGACCAACAGGUCUCCAUGGUAACGGUUCCUCCAAUAGCAGCAGGGUGUCCAGCGGUGAGGAUGGUGGAGCUCUGCUCGUCUACGAUGACCUGCAUGCCAGGAACAUACUUGGUCCACCUCACCUGUCAGUCAGUCGGCUCCGCCUACGAGGACCUGUCGCCAGUGGUUACCAAAAUGUUCCGAACUGCAGAGUCUCCUGAGCAAGAGAACUGUCCGUCUGUCCUCUGGUGUCUCUACUUCAAUGUGACUGACGGGUCGGGGCUGGAGGUCGAAGGUUACGACCUGCCUUCUAAUGUGUACGUGUGCUCUGGACCUGACGCCGCUCUGGGACACGAUCACGCCAUCAAACAGGCCGAGUCCAUCUUCCAGAAGAUUCUUCCUGAUGAGGAUUUCUGUCCUCCUGCACCAAACCCUGAAGACAUAAUCUACGACGGAGACAACCCCUCCUCCUCCACCGGGGAGGAGACGGAGGGAGCAGGAGAGGAGGCGGAGGGAGCAGGGAGGAGGCUGAGGGAGCAGGAAAGGAGGCGGAGGGCGCAGGAGAAGUGACUGAGGUAGCAGGAGAGGAG